UAAUUGUGGUCUGAGGCAUAUAGGUAUAUAGGUCUCUGCUGAGGCCAACUACGCCUGAAUAGAAAACAUCAUAAUUAAUUGAAAACAUGGAUGGACCAACAUUUUUCUACCACGCAACUUCAGCAGGAAAUGAAGCUCUGAUAAAACAAACAAAUAUCCUGAUGCCACAUCGAUACAAUCCACCCGAAGACUGGAUGAUGAUGGUUAGUAAUGAACAGCGCCAUCUGGUACCUAAUGGGGUGUGGUUCUGUGCCACGCUCUAUGAUGGGGAUCUGCCAACGAUUUCUCCGCUUGGUACUAGACGGGUGAGGAUUGAUAUAGCAAACGUCAUAAAGCAACUUGGAGGAAAUGUGAAACUGUAUGCAAGAGUAACUAAUCAAAAAGUUGGAGACAACUUCUAUACCAGGUUGAUGCUCGUGAAAGAAGGAGAAAAUUUUGAAAUUUUGAAUCACAUGUCUCAGCUGGAUAUUGCCGAAAAUCAGUGGUUAACACUGACUGGUGAAUACAGAGUUGCGCGUAGACCAAUCUGGGUGUAUAUCUACAUCCCGUACCAGAUCGAUGUCAGUAACUGUGACUGGGAUGAGGUGAGAUACGUGCCAAGGGUUGUUCAUCCCAGAGGCGAGGAUGAGACCACAGGCGAGGAUCAGACCACAGGCAAGGAUCAGACCACAGGCAAGGAUCAGACCACAGGCGAGGAUCAGACCACAGGCAAGGAUCAGACCACAGGCGAGGAUCAGACCACAGGCGAGGAUCAGACCACAGGCAAGGAUCAGACCACAGGCGAGGAUCAGACCACAGGCGAGGAUCAGACCACAGGCGAGGAUGAGACCUGACCUACACAAAUACACAAUUUGUCAUCGCCAUUAUAUUAUGGUAUGAAGGAACAGCAUCAGUCUUCUAUAUUUGCCUAUUCAUCCAGAAUCAACAUAUUUGUUAAAAAGUUUUAAAAUACUUUGAAUGAGCAGCAAAAGGUCUAGUUAUAGAUAUAUAUAUAUAUAAUUAGGCCUGCAGCAUUCUGGUAUGAAAAUCUAACAUGUUUAUUCAAAUGAUUGACCUUGACUAAUGAUUAACUUUCAAUGUCACUUGGGUCUUGCCAACAUAUUUAUAUUAUAGAUAUAUAUAUAUAUAUAUAUACAUGUAUAUGAUGUUUAUGAUUAUAUCUAUUUGCUUAAUUAUACUUAAUCUAUAUGUACAACAGUUAAAGUAUGUAGACUUAUUAUCAUCUGUGGAAUCUACAUCAAAUAUUUUAUCUAUCUAUACAGACCUACACCUAAUACUUUCUUAAUAUACAUUUAUAUAUUAUAUUCACAUUUAAUUUAUUUUGUUAUAUUUCAUGACAAGUGUGUGAUUUAAAAAAAAAAAAAUUUCAAUGAAUGAUUUUUUUUCUGUAAAGGAGCAGAAAGAAGUUAAUGAAGUUAAUAGUGUGGAAUGGAAGUUUUAAAAUAUUGCCAAAUGAUCUAAAUAUAAUCAUGCUUUCAGUUUUUUGCUAAAUGCUGUGAUAAUCAAAGUGUACAUGAUAAGAUGUAAAAUACAAUAUAUUUAUUGCAAUAUCAUUGUCUAUUGUAACAUUUCAGAACCCAAUCCUUUAAACCUAAGUUAUCUGAGGAUAUGUUGUUAAUUUUUUUAUGUGUUUUAGAAGGUAUGUUUACCUGAAUUACUUGAUGUACUGUUAAUGAAUAUUAUAAACAAAAAUUAUACAAAUUUAUACACAAUCAUUAUUGAGUUAUUUGUAGUGAAUUAAUUUAACAGUUGUAAGGAUGACAUACAUGUAUAUUCUAGUUAUACUGUAUUUACCGAUGUCUUGAUGACAUAUUGUGGCCUAAUUCUUUGUUCAGUUGAAUGUUUUUAUUAACGCAAAGCAUGUUUCAUGGUAUUGAUGUAAAAGUUCUUUCAGAAACUAGACAAAUAACAUUUAGGCUUCAGCUGCUAGAAUGUGAAAAUAAAGAUAAAGAACAUACCACAUAUUCCUCAAUAACUACCAGUUGAUAGACUCAUCUAUAGCUGUAACCAGUUUAUAGACUGACAUCUAUAGCUGUAACCAGUUGAUAGACUCAUCUAUAGCUGUAACCAGUUUAUAGACUGACAUCUAUAGCUGUAACCAGUUUAUAGACUGACAUCUAUAGCUGUAACCAAUUUAUAGACUGACAUCUAUAGCUGUAACCAGUUUAUAGACUGACAUCUAUAGCUGUAACCAGUUGAUAGACUCAUCUAUAGCUGUAACCAGUUUAUAGACUGACAUCUAUAGCUGUAACCAGUUGAUAGACUCAUCUAUAGCUGUAACCAAUUUAUAGACUGACAUCUAUAGCUGUAACCAGUUGAUAGACUCAUCUAUAGCUGUAACCAGUUUAUAGACUCAUCUAUAGCUGUAACCAGCUUAUGGACUGACAUCUAUAGCUGUAACCAAUUUAUAGACUGAUAUCUAUAGCUGUAACCAGUUUAUAGACUGAUAUCUAUAGCUGUAACCAGUUUAUAGACUCAUCUAUAGCUGUAACCAGUUUAUAGACUCAUCUAUAGCUGUAACCAGUUUAUAGACUGACAUCUAUAGCUGUAACCAGUUUAUAGACUGACAUCUAUAGCUGUAACCAGUUUAUAUAGACUGACAUCUAUAGCUGUAACCAGUUUAUAGACUGACAUUUAUGGCUGUAACCAGUUGAUAGACUGACAUCUAUAGCUGUAACCAGUUUAUAGACUGACAUCUAUAGCUGUAACCAGUUUAUAGACUGACAUCUAUAGCUGUAACCAGUUUAUAGACUGACAUCUAUAGAUGUAACCAGUUUAUAGACUGACAUCUAUAGCUGUUACCAGUUUAUAGACUGACAUCUAUAGCUGUAACCAGUUUAUAGACUGACAUCUAUAGCUGUAACCAGUUUAUAGACUGACAUCUAUAGCUGUGACCGAUUUAUAGGCUGACAUCUAUAGCUGUAACCAGUUUAUAGACUGACAUCUAUAGCUAUAACCAGUUUAUAGACUGACAUCUAUAGCUGUAACCAGUUUAUAGACUGACAUCUAUAGCUGUUACCAGUUUAUAGACUGACAUCUAUAGCUGUAACCAGUUUAUAGACUGACAUCUAUAGCUGUUACCAGUUUAUAGACUGACAUCUAUAGCUGUUACCAGUUUAUAGACUGACAUCUAUAGCUGUAACCAGUCUAUAGACUGAUAUCUAUAGCUGUUACCAGUUUAUAGACUGACAUCUAUAGCUGUAACCAGUUUAUAUAGACUGACAUCUAUAGCUGUGACCAGUCUAUAGACUGAUAUCUAAAGCUAUAAUCAUUUAAAAAUGAUAUCCAGACGACAAAUUUUUGUUGAUUUCUUGUGCAAUAUUUAUUUUUGUGAUAAUUUGUUGUCUCUUCUAUUUUGGACAUUUUUACCACAGCAUGAAUCAAAACUGUUUUAUCAGUAAAAUUAAUUCCUUUGUUGUAAUUUAAUUCUUUUGUUUUAUUUUAAUUCUUUUGUUGUAUUUUAAUUCAUUCGUUGUAUUUUGUCUACACAAUUUGUAAUUUAUUCUAUACACAAUAAAAACUAGCAUAUUCA